AACAUGUUUUUCAAUUCAGUGCGUGUGUGAGAGAGAAAGAGGACCAGACGCGUUUAAUGUAGAAAGUCGAAGAGUGCCUUGGUCAAAUAUUUCGCACCAAUAUACCAAACCAACGUUUGAAAAUAUGGUUGAACUCUCUCUCAAAUCUCAAUUUUCACCUCUACCUGCUCUGAUAUUAGGGUUUUGAAGCUCCUUAGCCACCGUUCCCAUGGCGGUCGCGAGUUAUUUCGCGGCCUCUUUGGCGGAGUUGAAGAUGAAGCCGAAUAUGGAUUCUACAACACUCCUUCGUUGCGGUGCCUCCACUUCCUAUUCUUCAACGGCUUCUUUUCUUCCUUCUGCUAUUCGAUUUUGCAACAACAAGCCAUUGAAAGUUGAAGCAAUGGUUUCCAAGAGACCACUUUCUUUGAACCCUACUUAUGAGGUUAGGGUUGCUUUGGACGCUUCAGUUCACGAUGAUAGGACCAAAUCAAAGGCGUUAAGUGUUUCCGCUCUCGAACUGCUCAAGACUUCCGCUGCUGACAGAUACACAAAAGAAAGCAGCAGUAUUGUGGUCAUCGGGCUCAAUGUUCACACAGCACCAGUUGAGAUACGUGAGAAAGUUUCAAUUCCAGAAGCACAAUGGCCUCAAGCAAUUGGCGAAUUAUGUGCUUUGAAUCACAUAGAAGAAGCUGCCGUUCUUAGUACCUGUAACAGAAUGGAAAUAUAUUUUGUGGCUCUAUCUCAGCAUCGUGGGGUUAAAGAAGUUACUGAGUGGAUGUCAAAGAUGAGUGGAGUUCCAGUUUCAGAGCUUUGUCAACACCAGUUUUUGCUGUAUAACAAAGAUGCCACAAAGCACCUGUUUGAAGUAUCUGCUGGGCUCAAUUCUUUUGUUCUAGGAGAAGGUCAAAUUCUUGCUCAGGUAAGACAAGUUGUAAAGGGAGGACAAGGAGUCCCUGGCUUCGGUAGGAAAAUCAGUGGGCUGUUUAAGCAUGCAAUCACUGUUGGGAAACGGGUGAGAACAGAGACUAGCAUUUCAUCAGGGUCAGUUUCAGUCAGCUCAGCUGCUGUGGAUCUUGGCCUUUUGAAGCUCCCUGUGUCAUCUUAUGCUAAUGCCAGAGUGUUGGUUGUUGGAGCGGGCAAGAUGGGGAAAAUCGUGAUCAAGCACUUGGUUGCAAAAGGGUGCAGAAAAAUGGUAGUUGUCAAUAGAACUGAGGAUAAGGUUACUGCCAUUCGUGAAGGGCUUAAUGAUGUUGAAAUUGUCUACAAGCCUCUCCAAGAAUUGCUGUCAUGUGUUGCAGAAGCUGAUGUGGUUUUCACCUGUACCGCUUCAAAAACACCAUUGUUCUUGAAAGAAAAUGUUCAGAUAAUCCCCCCUGCAAGCCAUCAAAUUGGAGGGCGGAGGCUUUUCAUCGAUAUAUCUGUUCCUAGAAAUGUGGGAUCGUGCGUCUCAGAUCUUGAAACUUCACGUGUUUACAAUGUGGAUGAUCUCAAGGAAGUUGUGGCAGCUAACAACGAGGAUCGGUUUCAGAAAGCAAUGGCAGCACAGGCAAUUAUCAUUCAAGAAGUGAAACAAUUUGAAGGGUGGAAGGAUUCCCUCAAGACUGUUCCAACUAUCAAGAAGCUUAGAGCAUAUGCUGAAAGAAUUAGGGCUUCAGAGCUGGACAAGUGUUUAUCAAAGAUGGGUGAUGAUAUCUCAAAGAAGAACAAGGCAGCGGUUUAUGAUCUUAGUGCGGGUAUAGUGAACAAGCUCCUUCACGGUCCAAUGCAGCACCUGAAAUGUGAUGGGACUGACAGCCGGACUCUGAAUGAAAUACUGGAGAAUAUGCAUGCUCUUAACAGAAUAUUUGGACUAGAGACAGAGAUAUCUGUGUUAGAGCAGAAGAUCCGAGCCAAGAUAGAACAGACUCGGAAGUAAAUAUUUUAAUAAGAUUAUUUUUUCCUUCAAACACGCCAUUUUUCAGCUUGGAAGAAGAGAGAACUUUCUCAACCACGUUACUGUUUUUCCCCGGAUAAAGCAGGCGCGUCUAAUUGGAGGCUCUUGUUCUCCUAGCUCCUAGUCUUUAGAUUUCUUUUUGCUUCAAUUAUUUCAUUUUUCCAGCUCGAAAAAGAGAUUAACUUAGUCACCAUGUUGUUGUUGCUGUUGUUGUUGUUGUUCAGAUAGAAAAGUGUCUCUAAUUGGAGGCUCUUAUGCUCAGAGCUCCUUGUAUUCUUCUUUGCUUCAGUUACACCAUACGAGGAAGAGAGAAUUUCCUCACCACUUUGCUGUUAUUCAAUCUGAUAAAAUAGUGUAUCUAAUUGAUAUAUACUAAAGAAAGAAUAAUAAAAAAUCUCUGUACUUUUUUGCUUUUU